UGUCAUGUUUAUUCUCUGAUGUCAAUUACAAGUCAAGUCACAAGACUUCCAGUGAAAUCAUACUAGUAAAAAGGGUGUAAGUUUUUGAAUUCGUUUAUCGAUAUAAAUUUUAAAAAUGGCAUCUAAUUUGACCGCCGGAGCGGAUCAUAACAUUAAAGACAUAAUUACGUCUUUGGAUGAUGAUAAAACAGAUAUGCUGGCUGCCACUAGUGUAUUACAACAAAGAGCCACUGAUAUUAGAAAUCAACAUGUCAACUGGUUAUCAUAUUUACAAUCCCAGAUGAUAUCUCAAGAGGACUACGAUUUUAUUGUAGCAUUCGAUGUUCCAGAUAGUGCGAAAAGAGAAGAACUUUUGCUAAAAAAUAGAAAUCAAUGCGCCCAAACGUUCCUGAAUUUAUUAGGUCACGUUUCCAAAGACCAAACGCUACAAUACAUUUUAGUUUUAGUGGAUGAUAUGCUACAGGAGAAUCGAAGCCGCGUGGAAAUAUUCCACGAAUACGCCAAUAAGAAGAAGGAAUCAGUAUGGGGACCGUUUUUGAAUCUUCUCAAUCGUCAAGAUGGUUUUAUAACAAACAUGACUUCGAAAAUAAUAGGGAAGAUAGCGUGUUGGUCUCAUACUCUAAUGGAACGAUCCGAUUUACAUUUCUACUUGACGUGGCUCAAAGAUCAAUUAAAAAUGCAGGAACACAAGUGUAAAAUGGCAUGUUCGGCAGGUCCGAGCAAUUUUCCAAAAAAAGAAAAACGUAGUUGCAUAGACAUAAUCCGGGGUGCCAAUUCCAUAUUGUUUGGAAUGUCCCUUGAAGAUGCUACGAGACUAGCUCAAGAGAAUAACGAAUACAUUCAAUCGGUAGCUAGAUGUCUACAGAUGAUGUUACGUAUCGAUGAGUAUCGUUUCGCGUUCGUUUCCGUUGAUGGAAUAUCAACUUUAUUGUCUGUCUUAUCCGGAAGAGUAAACUUUCAGGUGCAAUACCAGUUGAUAUUCUGUUUGUGGGUAUUGACUUUCAAUCCUUUAUUGGCGGAAAAAAUGAAUAAAUUCAACGUUAUACCGAUAUUGGCUGACAUAUUGAGCGAUUCAGUUAAAGAAAAAGUUACUAGAAUCAUUCUCGCUGUGUUCAGGAAUUUAAUCGAGAAACCGGAAGACCAACAAGUUUCCAAAGAGCAUUGCAUAGCUAUGGUACAGUGCAAGGUGCUGAAACAAUUGGCUAUAUUGGAACAACGCAAAUUUGACGAUGAAGAUGUAACAGGGGAUGUGGAAUUUUUAACGGAAAAAUUGCAGAGUUCCGUUCAGGAUCUCAGUUCGUUUGAUGAAUAUUCUACUGAAGUUAAAUCAGGUCGUUUGGAAUGGUCACCCGUACACAAAAGCAAAUUUUGGCGAGAAAACGCUCAAAGGCUCAACGAAAAAAAUUACGAGCUGUUGCGCAUCCUUAUCCAUUUAUUGGAAACCAGCAAGGAUCCUUUGGUAUUGAGCGUAGCAAGUUUCGAUAUAGGCGAAUACGUCCGUCACUAUCCUCGUGGAAAACAUAUAAUCGAGCAAUUGGGCGGGAAACAAUUAGUGAUGCAUUUGUUGGGACACGAAGACCCUAAUGUAAGAUACGAGGCGCUUUUGGCGGUUCAGAAAUUGAUGGUUCACAAUUGGGAAUACCUCGGUAGGCAAUUGGAGAAAGAGCAGAGCACCGAUAAGUCAACAUCUAAAGGUGGAGCAGCUGUUACCGGAAAAGCUUAAAAUAUCUGGUGGCAUCACCCUAUAUAGUAUUUUUUUUUUGUUUAUUUUCAAAUGUAUAUAGAAACAUUCCUGGUUUGUUGUUGGUGUUAAUGCUUAUAACAAAUAUGCAAAUUUU